AUGAACGGCACCAUUCCAGAAAGCCUGGGACAACUCUCGGAGCUUGUUUUCCUAUUUCUGUCUGAUAAUUCAUGGGAAGGUAAUCUGACUGAAGCCCAUUUCAUAAAUCUUACCAGAUUACAAUAUUUUCUAGUAGGAGACAAAAAAUCCCUCAUUUUUGACGUGACCUAUGAUUGGGUUCCUCCCUUCAAGCUCCACAUAAUUGAGAUCAUAAACUGUCGGGUAAGUCAUGGUUUUGGGGUAUUGCUUCAAUCUCAAACUGAACUGAUCGAUGUCACUCUUAGUGGUAAUGGAAUAUCUGAAGAUUCCAUACCAGAGGAAUGGUUGUUGAAGAUAUCUUCCCAACUCAUCUUUCUAGACUUAUCUUAUAACCAAUUUCGUGGAAACUUUCCAUCCCAUUUGAAAUUUCCAAAUUUAGACACCAUUGAUUUGAGUCAUAAUAAGUUGAAGGGCGCACUUCCACUUUGGUGGUCCACUAAUUUCUCUAUCCUUUCUCUUGAAAGCAAUUUAUUUUCUGGGCCAAUUCCCUCCAAUAUUGACCAAUUGAUGCCAAAUUUAAACAUUCUCUCUCUUGCUGAGAAUAAUUUGAAUGGCACUAUUCCUUCCUCGGUUUGCAACAUGCGAAAAUUGGAAGUCUUGUCUCUAAGAAGCAAUCAAUUUUCUGGAGAAUUCCCUCAUGCAAGGAGUGUGGAGAGCCAUAUGUCGAUUCUAGAUGUUAGUCAAAAUAAUCUCUCUCAUAAUAUUCCCACUUCAUUGGGGUUAUUAAGUUCACUGCAAAUAUUAAGGCUCAACAACAACAAUUUUGGCGGUGAAAUUCCUGAUUCCUUGCAAAAUUGUUCUAGCUUGAUGAGUAUUGAUCUUGGAGACAACAAGUUAUCUGGCAAAAUACCACAGUGGAUAGGAGGAUCAAAUGUACACAUGUUCUUUAUGCUACGAUUACGGUCCAACUAUUUGAGUGGACAUAUUUCCCAACAACUGUGCAAUCUUCAGCACCUUCAUAUCCUUGACCUUAGUAACAACAACCUUUCAGGUACUAUUCCCAUGUGUUUGGAGAAUUUGACUUCAUUGGUGGAUGAUCCAGAUACAAACACUAUUACUUUUGGUGAGCAAGCCACACUCACGCUAAAAGGAAGAGAGCUUGAUUACAACACGACCCUAGGUCUUGUAAAGAUCAUUGAUCUUUCAUCAAAUAAUUUAGAAGGUGAAAUCCCUGAAGAAAUAAGCAGCCUCAUUCUGUUGGGCACUUUAAAUUUGUCCAUGAAUCAAUUGACUGGAAAGAUCCCCUCCAAGAUCGGAAACUUGCGUUGGCUCGAAACUCUUGAUCUCUCACACAACCGCCUCUCGGGACCGAUUCCUCAAAGCUUGUCAUAUUUAACCUCUUUGUCCCACUUGAACUUGUCUUACAACAACUUGUCUGGAAGAAUUCCUUGGGGAAACCAGCUUCAAACACUCAAUGAUUCGUCCAUUUAUAUGGAAAAUCCAUUGCUAUGUGGGACUCCUCUCUCAACUAAGUGCCUUGGUGAUGACACUUUCCCAGCUAAGGAUGCACAAGACAAGAAUGAAGAUGGAAAUGAUGAUAAGUUGUGGUUUUAUGUCAGCGUGGUACUUGGCUUUAUCGUAGGCUUUUGGGGCAUUUGUGGCACAUUGGUCUUAAAGACAUCAUGGAGGUAUGCUUAUUUUCAAUUCUUUGACAACAUCAAAGAUAAGGUAGCACUAGCAAUUGCAAUGAAAGAUUGAAAGUGGCUUGUUUCCAAAGAAUGUUUUAUGAGAUUUGAUAAUACUAUGAUAAUCUGAUGUUUUUUCCUUUCUACUUUGUGUUUUUGGUACUUGUAAUUUAUGUAUUGAAUAAAAGAAUUCUACCACUUGUACUGCAUCAAACAAUGGUUCUCUAUUAUCUUCGAGCGAUUCAUUUGCCGACAUUCUUUCUUGGGGUCCGGUAGGAGCUUGUCCUUUUUAAGAGGCUUUGAGUUGCCAUUUGUUCUCUUUCAUUUCAGAUGGGAUUCAUUGCAAUCUAGGGAUCAAACACAAGUAAAAGAAAUAGAGAUAAUGAGCUUAAAUUAUACUGCAAAGGUAAAAUACUACCUCAAUCAAAGAUUCCACGCGACGUCUCAUCCUUGUAUGCAUGAA